AUGGCGAUCGACUUCGACAUUAAUAAAUCUUCCUGUCAGAACGAACUAUCACGAAGUCUGUUGUCAGCACUCACACCCGCCAACCUGCAGUCAUCGUUCAGAAAGACCGGGAUUUAUCCAUUUGAUAGAGACGUUAUACAGCCUUCAACAUUCCUGCCUUCAGCUGUUUUAAGCAACAACAUGGAGUCAGAAAAUGAAUCACAAACCAGGGCAACUGUCAACUGUGAAGACAAUUCAUCAAAAUGCAAGACGUUUUUCACAACUGCAGAAGAAGUGAUCACAAGAAAACCAAAACCUACUAAGAAGAGGAAAGUACACAGUGCUGUGGUCAGUGGUAAAGCCAUCACGGAAGAUUUGCGUUAUCGAGAACGCCGAUUACUGAGGAGAAACAGAAUAUUUAGGGACCGAACUCAUCCGUUUGAUGUUUUUGACGAUGAUGUCAUAUUUGCCAAGUUUAGAUUUAGAAGACAGGAAAUUCUAGCAAUCACAGAUGACAUCAGCGUCGAUAUUCUAUUAUCUAAACGGAUGGGUUCAUUGACCCCUCUUCUGCAAGUGCUAAUUACACUUAGAUACUUUGCCAGUGGCAGUUUCCAAGACGUUUGUGGGGAGCUUAUAGGAGUUGACCAGUCAACCGUAAGCCGAACUGUGACAAGAGUCACCGACGUCUUGCUACGUCAGGUACCAAAUCAUGUUCGAUUACCCAAUGGAAAAAAACAAGAUGCCAUAAAAACUAAAUUUUAUGACAUGAGUGGAUUUCCAAAUGUGGUUGGAUGCAUCGAUGGGACUCAAGUUCAAAUACAAGCUCCUACGCAGAAUGAACAUGAAUUUGUUAACAGGAAAGGCUACCAUUCCAUCAAUGUUCAGCUGAUGUGUGACGCAGACCUCAUAUUCAUCAACUGUAUUGCGAAAUGGCCUGGAAGUGUACAUGAUUCAAGAAUACUACGAGAGUCAUCUUUAUUCGAAGAUUUUGAGAACAAAAGGCAGCCUAUGAGAGGAAUCAUCUUAGGAGACAGUCGCUAUAUGUUGCGUGACUGGUUGUUAACUCCGAUUUCUAAUCCCACUACACGUCAAGAGAGAAACUACAACUUCAGUCAUAGUUCAACACGUACAGCUAUCGAACGGGCCAUAGGCGUUUUGAAGAGGAGAUGGCACUGUCUUAGCAGACUUCGUUUGACUCCUGCCAAGGCAUGUAAAGUUAUUGCAGUAUGUGUUAUGCUAAGUAACCGUGCCAGAAGGCUCAACUUAGAUGUCCCAGACACAGACAGUGACAGUGACGAUGAACCUGACUAUGAACAAGCUUCAGAUGCCCACAUGGAGGAAGUCCUACCUGUAAACAACCCAAUGAUAGAACGUGCCAGGCUUGCUGCUGGAAAAACUGCCAGAGAGAGAUUAAUGAACAAUUAUUUUCACUGA